AUGUCCGAGUUAUGCAAUCUCACAAGGGUCAAAAUCGAAGAAAACUGUGCUUUACUGCACCGCCUUUCUGAAGGAGUUACUGUCAAGUUCUGUAGACAGCACUUCGGGCACGCAGAAGAGCCCGCCCUUCUCAGCACUGAUAAAGAUUCUGAGCGUCGCAUCGUGGAAUUGCUCAAGGAGGGUUUCACUGCUAACCAAAUACUAAAAAAGAUAAGGAUAGAGUUCAAAAACAAGGAGAAAAAUCGAUUAUACUACAUUACUUCCAAGGACAUAAGAAACAUUGCUACUCGCGACAACGUUGAACCAGGAAGAAAGCAUGUUCUAGACUUGAUAUCCGUCGAAAUAAGAGUGGGGGAGGGUUCUGAGGACGACGGGAUUCGACUUUAUAUACCUGCCAAAGAAGAAAGUGGCGACGGCUUUUUGCUAAAUUGGCUACUGUCAUUGUCGCCGAUGAAUGGGAUAUCGGUCUACCCGGAGCCUAUCUCCUGUCCUACAGACGAAAUAUUCGAAUUGUUUUCGAUCAUAAAGGGACUGAUAGCCGACUUCGACCCUAAACUGUUUAUGACGGAUGACACGAACAGUUUUUUUGAUGGAUUUUUACGGGCCCUCCCAGAGUCGACUUCCGUGAAGCUACUUUGUUGCUUUCAUGUCCUUCAGGCCAUCAAGAGGAACUGCAGAGCCAAGCUUGUAGAUGUGAGAAAAGAUCAGAAGGGUGUUGUCAGCAGUCGUAUUUCCCUCGUAUCUUAUAUUAAUAGCUAUAGAAUUAGGGAUGUGAGCCUUACAGAAAAAACGUACUGGAAUGGUAAUAAAAAAAUUCGUUCGCUUUGCCGCUCAGCUGAUCAUGACGAUUUCAACCAGAAACAUUCGGCGUUCCUCACUUAUCUGAAGCAGCUUGGGGCGAACCAUAUGUUUUCAUAUAUGGAGGAGGACUGGAGCCGUCGUGUUAAUCAGUGGGGUGGUUUUUCGCGACUCAAUGCAUGUACGAACACCUCCAUGCUUGGAGAACGCUUCCAUAAACGUUUAAAACAUGAACUACCGGAUUCAAAACCAAAUAUGCGACUUGAUCGGCUCCUAGAGAUACUUAUAUCUCUUCCUACAGAAAUGGAUGAAGAUCGACGCAUUAAGGUACUUCGUGAGAUUCUCCGUUCAUUCAAUGCCGUCUUGAAAGUCUUCUCCCUACAGAUGGAGAGAGGACUUAUCGGAGGACGAUACCGUCUAUCACCAUCGCCAGCACGACGCCGCCGUUGA